AUGUACGUUUCUUCACCUCGAUUUACGAUUUUAGAAAAACCGCCGGAAGCCGACCACAUCAGCAGCUGGACCGGGCUCGCCCUUCUCAUGACAAAGCGCUUUCAACCGGGCCUCCUCGCCCUGCCCACCCUCGACGAACAACAAAGAUGCGACGAUUUCCACAGCACUUUGCUGACUCCACCGGCUGAAGAGUCGACCGUUGAUUGCCACGGCUUGCCGGCCGAAGCCUGGGGAUCAGCCCCGACGAGUCCCGAGGAUAGCGACGACUCAUCGGACAUGUACUCACCGUACGGCCCACCGAGACGCGGAGGACGGUUCCCGCCAGCCCACAACCGGACGCCGAAUUGGCCCCCGCCAGGCCCCCACCGGACGCCGAAUCGGCCUCCACCAGGCCACCACCGGACGCCAAAUCGACCACCGCGAGGCCACCACAAUCGAACGCCAAACCGGCCCCCGCAUCCGCAUCCGUCUCGCUCACCGGGCCCCGUCGACCCCCGCUGCGGCUAUUGGAAUGGAAACGAUCGACUUUAUGGCAGCUCGCGCGAGACGUUCUUGGAUGGGCCAAAUGGCGAGAAGUUCCAUCAAACGCACACCAUCUUCGAGCGUCCCGUGGUGAGGCUGCCGCCGCAGAAUACCGCGCCGCGCUCUUCGCUCAGGCGAUCCGGGUAUUCGUUGAAGGACCUGCUGCCGAUGGACGUCACCUGCUCCCAUCAGCCGUUUGGUCAAGAGCUGUACGUUGCGCGUCGGUCGGCCCCGGUCCCAAUCCCAUCGCUCCGCGACUUCAACGAGUACAGGCCUGAUCAACGCCGCCAAGGCGCAGAAGUUGGAGCUCAACCCGAGCCUUUCACAAUCCGACCGCUCCGCGACUACGACGAGUACAGUCCUGAUCAACGCCACCAUGCCGCAGAAGUUCGAGCUCCACACGCGCCCCGGCCGGUGAUGGUCCCUCCUCCACCGCAGAUGGUACCAGCUCCCGUACUUCCGCCCCAACCCGUCCCAGUAAUGGUCCCGCCGCCACCCCCGAUCAUAGUGGACACCCCGUUGCGAUCGAUGUGGACAAAGAAUAUCGUGCCGAUGCUUGGCCAAAACACGAUCGUCCAGCAGCGAACUAGCCCGGAUGCUGUGGCGCCGUCGUUGCUCAAUUCGGCCACGCGCAAUUCUUCUCGGGACAGCGGAUUCGGUGACGACACGGCGGCCAGGAACACGGGCGUCACGCCGCCGGAUAGCGUCAACGGCGAAAUGGCCGGCGAUCGGAUGUCCAUCUCGCCGGAACCUGUGGCCGUCACUGAUGCCCCCGAACAACUUGUCGCCGCUGUAGAUGACCGUCAACAAGCUCGAGCCCAAGAUGUGCAUCAGUAUGAGCCCGAGGAGCCGAAGCCCCAGCUACCGCCUGUACCGCACUUGGGACAAGCGUCGAAGAACAACACCGCUAACGAGCCGGAAGUGAUCGAUCUGUGCUCGAGCGACGAAGAGGGAGAGCUCACAACGACGGCUUCAUCGGCUUCACAAGUGGCGAAAGGCGCCGACCAUCAGGCCGCUCAACCGGAAGCGCCAAAGCUUGAUAAGCCCGCCAAGCGCACCUAUGCCGAGAAUAUGGCCCUCGUCCAGCAGCAUCUCAUCGCCGAAACGGAAGCGGCACGGCAGCUCGGCCGAAAGAAAGCCAUGCAAGAGCACGGACCCACCUCGGCGGCCGCAUCAACUGAAUCGAUCUGGGGAGUGGCGCCUGCUGCACGGCCCUCCAUCUCCAGACAAUCCUCCGUCGCUUCUUCAUUUUCAUCUACUUCUCUGUCGUCUUCAUCGACGUAUGCCUCUACCAAAUCAUCAUCAUCAACCUUUGACUACUCGCGCUCGAGGUACCGCCAUGCACGCGACAGAUCGCGGGAGCGGCGGCGCUAUCGGAGGUCGCGAAGUCGUGGAGGGAGAUCCCGUUCACGCUCGCGCCGCUCUUCCACGACGCCACAACCGAAGAAAUGGGUGCAACCGAGCCCGCCGAGGCGUUUCAAGGCUUCCCCAGUCCGCCCGCGGAAGGUUGAAAAGAAGAAGCCGGAGCCCAGCCGACGCGUAAGAUCCCGCUCUCCAACGAUUGAAAAGCGCAAAGCUGGCCAGCCGCCCAAGAUAAGCGACGUCUUCGGCAACAAUGACUCGGAUGAUGAAGCUCUGCUGAAUCGAUCCAUCACCCCACCGGCUCGAAUCCAAAUCAACGUCAAGUCCUCGUUCCGCCCCCGC